AUGGCAUUGUGAAACAGUUGUCGCACUUACGGCAAACUUCAGACUAGUGAAAAUAAAAACAAAGUGUUUGUGUUGCUUUUUCUUGGUAAUUUUUUCCUCUUUUCCUGUUUGAUAUACGUUUGGCACAAUGGGACGAGCGGAAGUGGGUACUCCCAAGUAUCUGGCCAACAAGAUGAAAGCCAAAGGGCUUCAGAAGUUGCGCUGGUUCUGCCAAAUGUGCCAGAAACAGUGCCGCGAUGAAAAUGGCUUUAAAUGCCACACCAUGAGUGAAUCUCAUCAGCGACAGCUCCUCCUGUUCGCUGAUAAUUCCAAAAGAUACAUUGAUGACUUUUCCCGGGAGUUUGCCAAGGGUUACGUGGAGAUUUUACGGAGGCAAUUUGGGACAAAACGUGUGGCAGCCAAUAAAGUGUAUCAGGAGUACAUUUCUGAUAAGAAUCAUCUUCAUAUGAACGCCACAAAGUGGCUCUCAUUGACGGGCUUUGUAUUGUGGCUGGGAAAGACUGGACAGUGCGUUGUGGAUGAGACAGAGAAAGGAUGGUACAUCACAUACAUUGACAGAGACCCUGAAACUGUGGCACGCCAGGAGAAGAUGGCAAAGAAACAAAAAAUGGACAAGGAUGACGAAGAACGACUGCAGGAAUUUAUAGAAAAACAAGUAGAAAGGGGCAAGAAAGAUUCUCCUGGACACAGUUCAGCUGCAGAAGACAGAGUUCAGGAAUUUGUCCGGGAAAGUGAAGAUGAGAAAAUUAAAUUAAAUAUAAAUUUGGCUACGAAGAAAAAAUCUGAAGCAGUUUUUAAGAAGCCCUCCAGUGAUUUUCUGUCUAAGCGUCCAUCCAGUAGUUCCGGAAGUGACAAUGGCAAGAAACAGAAAAAAGACAUUGCAGAUGGAAGAAGAGUUUCUGCAUUGGAUGAAAUUAUAAAGAUUGAGGAGUCCAAGAAGGAACGCAGCAAUAGAAAAGAUUAUUGGCUAGCUGAGGGAAUUGUUGUAAAAAUUGUCAGUCAAUCUCUUUCUGAAGGAAAGUACUACAAGCAGAAAGCCCACGUAACAAAGAUUAUUGACAAGUACGAAGCAAAAGUGAAGCUUCUUGAGUCCGAGAAGAAAAUUGUAGUCCAUCAGGAUCAGGUGGAAACCGUCAUUCCCAAUAUUGGCAAAGAAAUUUUAAUUUUAAACGGUGCCUACAGAGGACAUAGGGCAAUUCUGAAAAGUCUUCAGGAGGAUGACUAUUGCGUAACUGUGGAAAUUGCAGAAGGGCCUCUUGCUGGUCGACAAAUUAGUAAAAUUCAAUAUGAAGAUAUCAGUAAGUUGUAUUAAAUAAUAAAAUACAAUCUUGGUUUUUUUUCAA